AUGGCCACGGAGCUAAAAACUGUUUAUGAUAAGUUAAAGAGUAUAAAAACUAAUUUAGUUAAAUCUAAUUAUUCUCGAAGGACCAAAGUAUAUUUGCAACAAAAGUUAAAUGAGGCCACGCAAUUACGGAGACAAUUUGAUGGCUGUAUGCUUAUUUUGUCUCAGCAAAUAGAGCGGAAACAAUUGAAAAGUCCGGUUUUGGUAGAAAUACAGGCAUAUUGUGAUUUGAUUAGACAAAUUUAUAUUGAAAUAGAAGGCAUAUGUUCUAAGGAGUACUGCUCCCCUUCUCAUAGUAUUGUUGAAGGUAUCGACAGUGAAUCUAUCGACAUGGCUAGUUUCGAUUUUAAGAUAGCUACGUCUCUCUUGCCGGUUAUGACGGGUGAUGAGAAUAUCACUAAGGACCUAAUCGAUGCUAUAGAAUUGUAUAGUUCCACACUUAAUGACCAAGGUAACAACAUGCUUAUAAAUUUUAUAAAAAACGCGCUUAAAUCAAAGUGCAAAACUAAGGUUAUCAAGUACCUAUGA